CGGCUUUUUUAUUUUUCGCUCAACGAGGCUUGCUGUAAAGGAAUAUCUUGGUGUGCGUCUGCACCCGAUUCCGACUGCAUUUGCCGCAAGACAAGGGAACGCGGAGAAGGAUCGAAAUUUCACGUGCUUAACCUGUUAGGAUAAUGGCAGAUCAACUGACAGAAGAGCAAAUUGCUGAAUUCAAGGAGGCGUUCUCCUUGUUCGACAAGGACGGCGAUGGCACCAUCACCACCAAGGAGCUGGGGACGGUCAUGAGGUCACUGGGUCAGAACCCCACGGAGGCUGAGCUGCAGGACAUGAUCAACGAGGUUGAUGCCGAUGGCAACGGCACCAUUGACUUUCCUGAGUUCCUGACGAUGAUGGCGCGCAAGAUGAAAGACACAGACAGCGAGGAGGAGAUCCGGGAAGCCUUCAGAGUCUUUGACAAGGACGGCAACGGAUUUAUCAGUGCUGCUGAGCUUCGUCACGUGAUGACCAAUCUCGGGGAGAAGCUGACGGAUGAAGAGGUUGAUGAGAUGAUACGAGAAGCAGACAUCGAUGGGGACGGCCAAGUCAACUACGAAGAGUUCGUCUCCAUGAUGACACAGAAGUGAGCCAGGAUCUCCCACAGUCUGUGGCAUGUGCCUCUAUUUGUAGAAAAUAUUCAAAAGAUUCAAACCUCUAUUUCGGGGAAAAUUACAGCUUGAUUCUAAGGAUUGUAAACAAGAAGCAGUUUUUCUGCCUGUAAAUCAUUCCCCCUUGGGGUCGAGCAUAGUAGUCCAUUUCAUUUUUUUUUCUAGUUUAACGAGAACUAUAUACUUUUAAGAACGCUCAUUUUCAUUCCAAACUGGCAAUUUUAUUCCAGAAACAGCUAAAAGUACUUGUUGGAUCCAUACUGUACAUAGUGUUCAAAGAUGUCAAACUUGUAUUAGGACCAAAAAUUCGUUAAGAUGGUCACAUCGAAAUCGAAUUCCAUAGAGGGGGAAGAUUUUCUUUUUCAAAGCCCGUCUCUACGGAAUGGGUUGACGUUAUGGGUUGGAAUGUGCGCUGGUUGUUCAUGCCGUUUGCCGUCAUUCCAUUUUUAAUGCUUUAAUGCCGAAAUGUUUUAGUGCCGGGUGAAGAAGCUUCUGAUUUUAAUCUUGACACUUUAAUUGUGUUUACAUACUGCACAGUUUAAUUGUAAGCUGAAAUGGAGGGCAAUACCAGAAAAACUCACGCCACACCACUGUUGUGCAUGUUCCUAGGGGUUGUAAGUGUGUUAUGCAUUUUGUUUUAAUUAAUUUCACCAUUAACUUAUUACACUGUGGUGUACAUGUACAUUUUAUGGAGACUUUACAAGCUCACGAGGUACCACCUUGAAAGAGAAUCUAAUUUUCAUAUUCCCUAUGGAAUCUUACUUCUUGCAUUCCAAGAGUUGUAGCCAUGACAUUUACAUCUCAACAGCCUGCCUUAAAGGUUACUCUUGCAGUGUAAUUGUUGGACUGGUCCCUGUCUCUUUUAUGUAGGGACCGGUCCUACGUUCUAGAUAUAUAUGCAUCCACGCUCGGAGGAAAUCUGUAAAACGCCUGGAGACUACGUACGGGACGGGAACCAGUCUGUCUAAUUGCCUGCAGCGCCCUCUGUCAAAGUCACACGCAAUAAUAUGAUCCAUCUUGUUUUGUUAUUCAGCUUGUAUUCAGUUUCAAACCUCUGUCAUUUAAUAUACACUGUUUUAUGAACAGUAAGUUGUUAACCCCUUUCUUUUGUCUGGUCUGUGCUGUACAACUCAAUUCUAUGGAUCAUGAAUUUCUUUGAGAUUCAUCGUCAGAAAAUUUGAGAGACUCGGUGUUUGAAUUCGUCCUCGCAUGUCGUUUCUCUUUGUGUAGAUAAUAACUCAAUGCGAUACAAAUAUUUACAUUCCAGUUUCCCCUUUUAUUAUUUUAGUCGAGCUUUAAAUAUUUUUGUAUUAUUUACUUGAAGAACUUCAUCCGGUUGAUAUAAUGUUUCUGAAGAUCUGAGGUCUUUAGGUCUAUGUACAUGUAUAACAAAACUCUGUUUGAAUAGAGGGGACUGAGUCGACCUUUUGGAAUUAGGUGCAAUAAAAGGUCAUCGUCGUGUCGCAUUAA